CGUGAAAACCUGAAUUAAACCCGACCUAUUGUUCAUCCGACCCGAAUGUAACUCGGCCUGUUAUUAACCAGACCCAAACAUGAUAAGAAGUAUGGCCCGACGUAACCCGACUCAAGCAUGAUCCAACCCAAACCGACCCGCAUAAGUUAUGAAAUUAAUCCAAAUUGACCCGACCCACUCUUACCCGACUCAAAGCCGACCCGUUUAUCCAAAUUGACAGCUCUAACUAGGCUUCAUAUUUGCUAUUCAAAAAAAAAAAAAAAAAAAAAAACAAACUAGGCUUCACAUGGUGGGAUUUUAUUCAUUUAAGCAUCAGCUUCUCUUUUUCACGUAUACUUCUCACAACUAAAGCUCAAAAAGAAAGAAGGCUAAAGACACAUUAAACAAGGCGUUAAUGCUGGUUAAAUUUCUGUAGAAAUCCUGAAACGCCUCUCCAAUGAACUGGGUUGGUCUUACAUCUAACGAAUAUGAGAGUAAUCGCCCUUGCUUUAGGGCGUUCACUCACUGCGGCAUUUCAUCGAACAGUUGGUGUGCCUCUGAAAACGAGCAACAAAUUAGCCCCAUUUACAUUCUGUACUCAAACAAUCAGUGAGCAAUCUGAGUUGGGUUUGAAGAAUUCGAGCUCUAAUGGCGACGAAGCACCCAAGAUGUUGUCUUUAAGAAUAGAGAGGCUUCCAAGAGGAGAAUCAAUUGGGUAUGUAUUUCAGAAAUGGAUGGGUGAAGGUUUUCCUGUUCACAGGGGUGAUAUUUUUCAUGCCAUUAAUCGUUUGAGGAAGCUCCAGUUGCAUAAACGCGCUCUUGAGGUAAUGGAGUGGGUGAUUAGAGAGAAGCCAUAUAGGCCAAAGGAAUUGGAUUAUUCAUAUCUACUGGAAUUUACCAUUAAACUUCAUGGUAUAUCUCAUGGUGAGAGACUGUUUACUAAUACUCCUGUUGAAUUCCAGAAUGAUUUGCUCUACAACAAUCUUGUGAUUGCAUGCUUGGAUAAAGGAGUGGUCAGGCUUUCUUUAGAGUACAUGAAAAAAAUGAGAGAAUUAGGACAUCCUAUCUCUCACUUGAUCUUCAACCGUCUGAUUAUUCUUCACUCUUCUCCUAGGCGUAGGAAAAUGAUCCCCAAAAUCCUUGCUCAAAUGAGGGCAGAUAAGGUUUCUCCUCAUGUCUCAACUUUCAACAUUCUCUUGAAGAUUGAAGCUAAUGAUCAUAACAUAGAAGGACUAAUGAAAGUUUUUGGGGAUAUGAAGCGGGCGAACAUUGAACCAAAUGAAGUUACAUAUUGCAUUCUAGCGACUGCACAUGCAGUUGCAAGGUUGUAUUGUGGAUGUGAGACAUAUGUAGAGGCUGUUGAGAAGUCGAAAACAGGCAAUAAUUGGUCAACAUUCGAUGUCCUCAUCAUUUUGUAUGGAUACAUGGGGAAGGCAAAGGAGAUUGAUCGGAUCUGGCGCAUUGUGCAAGGUCUCCCUCAUGUUAGGUCAAAGAGCUUUUUGCUGGCAAUAGAGGCAUUUGGUAGGAUUGGACAGCUGAAUCGUGCUGAGGAACUUUGGGAAGAGAUAAAGUCGCGGGAGGUUAUGAAAUCAACCGAACAUUAUAACUCCAUAAUAUCUGUUUAUGGCCAGAAUGGAUUUAUUGAUAAGGUUUCGGGUCUUUUUAAAGAGAUGAAGAUGUUUGGAUGCAAACCUAAUGCCAUAACCUAUAGACAUCUUACUUUGGGCUGCUUAAAAGCUGGAUUGACCAAGGAAGCAUUGAAAACAAUAGAAAUGGGGUCAAAGCAAUUCACCAGUAGCAAGUUGAAAAAAUCAACCCCAUGGCUGGAGACUACCUUGUCCAUUCUUGAGAUGUUUGCCGAGAAUGGAGAUGUAGAAACUGCUGAGAAUUUGUUUGAAGAGCUUAAGCAAGCUAACUAUACUAGAUAUACAUUUGUGUACAACAGCUUAAUAAAAGCUUAUGUUCGUGCUAAGGUCUACAAUCCCAACCUUUUAAGAAGAAUGAUUCUCGGAGGGGCUAGGCCAGAUGCUGAGACCUACAGCUUGAUUAAGCUUGUCGAACAGUUUAGGACUUGAGUGGAAACUGCAUCCUUUGCUUGGUUGUAGAAUAAAAAGCCACUACAAUAAACUCUAAUCAUAUAUUGGAAUUAUGCAGUACAAUCAAAUGGGCGAGGGGCUGGUCGAUAGAAGAUGACAUCUUUGAUCUUUAAUUUCAGCGGUAUCUCCUAUCUCAUAUGUUCCUGCUUUUACUGCUGCUGCAUCCAGAAUCGUUCCUACCGUGGUGUUAUUCAUGUGUCUGCCAACCCAACACAACCUCAAGGUCGAGUCCUUCGAGAAGCCCAAAGUAUACCAGUGAACCCAGGACAACCUCGACGUCUAGGGGAAGUCCAACUGGAGACCAAGCAAGAUGUGGAGUCAAUAAUGUUAGACGUGGAGAAAAUCUUGCAAAAUUCUCUGAGUUGCAGUGAUUGUGUAAUAUGUUUGGAUAGUUUUGACGUUGCGAAAAACGACCAUGAUGUUGACAACGGUGGGGUUAAGGUUUUGGAGCAAUGUGGGCAUAGAUUUCACAGUUUCUGUAUUCAGAGAUGGCUAACAAAGCACCAAACGUGUCCUCUUUGUCGCACUUGUAUACAGAGUACAAUCUAAUGUACUUCUUCCAUUCUUGUUACUUAGGUUCUUGUUAAAUCUUUUCAGUUUAUAAAUAUUAAUUUCUUAAAAUUUUAAGAUAUAUUACAUUAAUGAUUGAAAUAAUGUAUUGUCAAAUGUGUAAUGAAAAUAGUUGUAUUUAUAGGGAAAAAAAAUCUGUAAAAACAUCGGGUUUUUUUUUUUAUCAUUUUUAAUCAAUCUUAUUCUACAAUAGACAUGAAUAGUUGUAGUUUCACCAAAGUUUGAUUAUUUAGCUAAGUGUUAAUUAAUAUUCUUCUUAUGAUAAUUGUUUCCUAAAUAUCUUUAUAAUUUACAGAAUAAUAUCUUAUGGAAAUAGUUAGAAUUAUCAUUGUAAUUCUUAUUAUUUUAUUUUUAUAUGAUCCAAAAAUUACAACUCUAACAUCUUUCGGCCUGUACAAGAUAAAUAUUCCAAAAAUAUAUCAUGUUUCAAAAAUAAUAUCUUGAAUAGCAAGGAUUUUAAUUGUGUUACGGAGAUAUAUAUAUUUAUACGAUAAAUAGGGGACUUGUUUGUUCUUAAUAAAAAAACUUACUGAGAAAUUUAAGUGUCAAAGUUGAAUAUCUAUAUACGUAUGUUGCAUAGAAGGUGGAGAGAUCUAGCAACUUAGCACACAACAAUGGAACCAGUGAAUUUCGUUUUCUUUGCUGCUUUAGUAAUCGUAGUAAUUUUAAUAAUUCGUGAUUGUUACAGCAGAUGUUUUUUCACCGGUUCAGCCCAGAACAAUCAUGAUCAAGUUCAAGGUAUGCCUAGUUUGCGUGCAAUGCCUACCACCAACACGAUACAAAUUCAAACAGACUACUUUUUGGAGGAGGAUCCAGUAAUACUACAAAUUGACGUAGAGAAGAGAAAUGAAAUUACUCGAAGUUGCUUGGAUUGUGUGAUUUGUUUAGAUAGUUUUGAAACGUAUGACACGGAGCCGAUGGAAGUAGAUGGUGAAGUUAUACCUAUACGUAGAACUUUUUCUGGAACAAUUUUGAGUCUCUGUGGACAUAGAUUUCACACUUUUUGUAUAAACAGCUGGUAUUUAAGGACACAUUCUACUUGUCCUAUUUGUCGCGGUCCUAUCACAUAUGAUGAUUUAAUUUCAGGGCUUUCUCUUUAAAUUGUUGAGCUUCCUAAUUGAAACAUGUGCCAAGAAGGGCAGCUGACUUCACUGGCGCGGCGAACGGGGAUGAAGGACCAAGAAACAACCAUAUGAAGAACGGAGCAGAGCAUGGUUUUGUACUUUUUUUUUAGUGUUUAAAGAGCCGGAAGGGCAGGGGUAAGAAUCGAUCGAUGUUGUACUUUUGUGAGUAUAGAU